CGUGAAUCCGGGGGAUCUGGCGAACUAACGUGCAGCGCGCGACGUCACGCGAACGGUACGCAGUGGGGAAACAGAGAAUCCGCGAGCGCUCCCAACGCAACGCAGUGGGAGGAAGCAGAAAAAACACGCACUCACUCACUUCUAACACCAUCUCCUCUCGUCCAGCGGAGCAACGUGGUCGAAGCCCACAGAGACGGUCCAUUAAACCUGCGCUGCUGUCUGCCGCAUGGAGGUCUGAGCUCCCCCCGCAACAUAGCAACAGCAAGAGGAUUGUAGAGCGAUUGUUUGGUCAUGUCUGGCUCGUCUGGGCCAAAGCGCGGCGCGCCGGCGCGACUGAGGAAGUGCGCCUUCUGCCGGAGCAACAGGGACAAGGAGUGUGGCCAGCUGCUUGUCUCGGACAAUCAGAAGGUGGCAGCCCACCACAAGUGCAUGCUCUUCUCUUCUGCCUUGGUGACCUCGCACUCCGAAAGCGAGAACAUUGGUGGCUUCUCCGUUGAAGACGUGAAGAAGGAAAUUAAGAGGGGAAACAAACUGAUGUGCUCCUCAUGCCACCGACCUGGUGCCACCAUUGGUUGUGACGUGAAGACCUGCAGGAGGACGUAUCACUAUUACUGUGCCCUGUGGGACAAGGCACAGGUGAAGGAGAACCCAUCCCAGGGCAUCUACCUUGUCUACUGUCGUAAACACCGUGAUGCCACACAGGACUCCAGCGAAGAUGAACUGGGGGCCGCGGCCAAUGACUCGGACUCCUCCCCUCCCCGAGGCAGGGGGCGGGGGCGGUUAGAGAGGGGGCGGGUAAAAGUGGGCUCCCAUGGCCAAUCAGAAGAUGCGCGCUCAACCUCCUCGCACGGCGCAGACGAUGCAGAGAGCGCUUCGCACCGAGACCGCUCCCCACUGCGUAGCAGCCCCAGUGAUUCAGGCCUGCGCUGUGGCUUCUGCCACGCUGGCGAGGAAGAGAAUGAGACGCGCGGUGUGCUCCACGUCGACAACGGCAAGAAGGUGGCAGCGCACUACAAGUGCAUGCUCUUUUCCUCCGGCACCGUUCAGCUCACCACCACCUCGCGUGCCGAAUUUGGGAACUUCGACGUCAAAACCGUUAUCCAGGAGAUCAAGAGGGGGAAGCGAAUGAAGUGCACCUUGUGCGGUCAGCUGGGAGCCACUAUUGGUUGUGAGAUCAAGGCCUGUGUGAAGACCUACCACUACCACUGCGGCCUGCAGGACAAGGCCAAGUACAUCGAGAACAUGGCCAGGGGCAUCUACAAGCUGUACUGCAAGAACCACAGCGGAAACGAGGAGCGGGACGAGGAGGACGAGGAGAGGGAGAACCGCAGCCGAGAGAGGGCUGAGAUCGAGCGUGCCGGUGGCCUCCCCGCACAGCUGCAGCCGCCGCAGGUCAACGGCAACUAGAUGGUGAAUUAAAAUAAAAAAGGAUGUUGCGUUGUGGAAAGCAAAGGAGGAAAAAAGAUAUUUUUGUAUAUGACAUACUAGCAAAACAUGGGGCCCAACAUUUCAGUCUCUUACAGUUUCAGGUUGCCAUCUGGGGACGCACAAACGACACACACGCACACAUACACCCCCGCCCCCCAACUCGCUCCAAACCGACCGUCAGAAACGCACACGUCACGCAUGUGUCAUCUCCACCGAUUUGUUCAGUGUGCAGGUUUGUCUCUGCUGGCUUCAUACAUACUUUUCCCAAAAAAAGGUGUCGGUUAUUGUGGCAAAACUCGGCGAUGUGUGACUGCAAGAGAAACGUGGAGUAUUGCACCACAGGGUGGCAUGGCCGAUGAACUGACUGGACCCACCAGCGUGGGGGCUCUAUGUAUCCUCCUGUAGGAGACUGGACUGCGCAGAGCCAUCAAUUCUAACUCACCUGUGCUGUACCCCACCCUUUCUUUUUAAAAUAAAACAACUUUCUUUUACAAAGAAACCAAGAUCUUUACUGGAACACAUGACCUGGAGGCUGCCUUCUGCUCAUUUUCUUUUUGUUGUAUCUUUGACAUUAUGGAAUUGAAUAAUUUCUCGCGCUUUCUUUUUUUUUUUCCAAGACGUGUCAUUUUUAUUUCUUUGUGAUCUCUAUUUCUCCCCUUUUGUGUAUUAUAUUUUAAUACUGUAUUGCUAUCAUGAUUGUAAUUGAAAAUAUCUGUGGCUUUCUUUGUAUUCAGAAUAAGGAUUAAAAUUCCUCUGGUAGCAUGA